ACAAGUUCUGCUGCUGCCUUGACUGCGCCUCGGUCGGUCGGUCGGUCGUGAUCGUGAGAUUCGUGCGUGUAAGGCCGCGCAGUGGCCAUCAGUGAGUGAUAAAAAAGACCCUACUGAAAAGCCAUCAAUCAUUCUUUCACUGAAAAAGGUACAUGUGAAAAUUAUUGUGGCAAGCAAAAUAGGUUGUUCGGUUUCAGUAAUUUCCACAGUUGUUGAGAGGUGAAAAAGUCAUGGUGUUUCUUCUGCUAUGAGUUCCUAUGCCGAUGCCCGGGAUUACUAUUCUUACUCUGCGUCGUCGUUCGGGGAUGAAGUGGACACAGAUCCGCUGUGCUGUUGUGAAUAUUUCGAUCGGAACGACGAGCGUAAUCACAUUCUAGCUUGCUGCUGCAAUUGCGUGGACUUUGACGAAUCCUGUGACAGAUUUUUCUCCUGUCGGCCGAUCCCGGUGGACAAGCAGCGUGGCAUGCUGCUGACCUUCCAGGACCGUCUCCGUAUACCCUGGCGGGGCGGGGCCAAGCAGGUCACCGUGGACAAUGUCCUGCCGGUCGUGCUGCUCGUCAGUUUGCAGCUGCUCGCUGCCCUGGAUCUGUACUGCAGUUUGGUCAUCUUUACGCUGAUUCCACUGCUGCUGGCGUAUCUGAAGCGGUUCCUGGGACGAGUGCUACCAAAGACAAAAUUCUUCGCCCUAUGGCUAUUUUGGAGUGGCGUCUACCUGGUGGUGCUGUUCGAAUCAACCGUCCCCCUGCUGGAGCUGCUGCCGGAGGAGAACAUUGCUUUCGUCGCCCUGAUGUCCCUGUCGUUCUUCUGCUUCUAUAAAACAAACGUUCGUGCACCGUUGAAUCACAUCAAUCAACCGCAGUACAACAAGGACGACCCGCUAGGCAAUGGGGGGGAUUCGCAAACGGCAAUCCUCAUAUCGGACCGCGAGGACUCGGACGAAAGCGACGGGCGGCUGGCAUGCCAAACGUGCCGAAAGUAUGUCCCACCGCGGACCUAUCACUGCAAGGUGUGCGCCACGUGCGUUAUCAAACAGGACCAGCACAGCGUGUGGCUGAAUUGCUGCAUAGGGCGGUCGAACCAUCGGUUCUUUCUGCUCGGGUGCGUUUCGGCGCUGCUGGCCUUGUGGCUGUUUGCUAAUCUCUCGCUGACGUCCGUGUGCCACCCGACGCCGAUCUUUACCCUGUUUGGGGUAACCGUCAUGCUGCCGGACGACUGCACCGAUAUCUACUUCCAGUACGAUAUUGCUCUUUGCUUCACUGGCGCUGUGUAUGCCCUACUGAUGUCACUGUUUAUCCUUAUAUCACUACUAAAACAGACUUGUCUGAUUUCGCGCGGCUACACCGGAACCGAGUGGCAACGAGGCGAGCAUAUCAACCGGCGAAAUUGUCUCGUAAACUGGAAGAUGUUCUGUCUGGGACAAUAAAUAUAGGCCAUCCCUCUGAUGGCCUGGCGACAAGGCAUGAUCAAAAGUAUGAGCAUUAUUCUAUUAUUAUUAUUAUUAUCGUUAAUAUCCGAUACACCUAAGUACGUAUUUUUAACCAUUUUAAAACAUUCAUCCUUACAUUCAUACCAAUACCAUACCCAAGAAAAGAAUUCUCGCGUUCGAAUUGAAAUACCUUGUGAAGGUAUUACCAACAGCAAACCAAUGAAAUACAGUUGAGUUUUCUGUUUCAUGUUUUUCCUGCUCCCGUACGAUUACGAUUGAUUAUGAAGAACAGAUAAUAAUUAAGGCAAACAUAUUACAUUGAAUUAUCACUUAAGUCCAACAAAACUAGUUUUAAGUAGUAACAUCUAAAAUAAUCCGGUUUUGCUCGUACAAAAUAAAAAGGUAGAGCGAAACAGUACCCAAAAGAACACUUGUUCAAUCUAUUAUCUACAUAUUACAAUGUAAGAAUACUAAAAGUAUCAUCAUUUCAUUAGUUCAAACUCAAUGAUAGAUCGGAUGCUCCUAUUCUAGAUGGAUUCAAAUGAGCGUGUGCUGCGAUAAGCUCUAGCACAGUGCUGAAAUGUAGACUGAUAAAAUCUAGCGAAAGAUAUAAAACAAAUUUGGCUUUAUAGUAUUUAUUCUACUAACACUCGUAAAACCAUCUGUCAAGCCCAAAUGAGAGAUACUUAAUCAAAUUUCGAAGUCCGAAAAAAUAUACUCUAUGCAAAGCAGUACAUUAAUAUACGUAUUACAGCACUCGACCCCAGACCCACUAUGUUUGGAGUUCAUUUAGGACGAAUACGUGCUCUUAUAUUGGUCAGUUGAUAUUUUAUGAACUCUAGGUUCGGAAGUGAUUGCAUUUAUCACUUUAUGUAAUCCCAUAGCAUUCGUUGCACGCGUACAAUUUCUUUAUCCUUCUAAAUACAUAGUACCGAAAGCGUACAGUUAGCAAGUGCACAAUUUAGUAUCGAGUUUCUCCACAUUGUUAAUCGUAUAACUUCUAUCACACACAAACAACUAUCCAACAAAAAUAGGAGAAGAAGCAUAACCCGCGAUUCUUCGAUCAUACACCGUGUGAAAGGUUCACGGUGUUGCAUCGGAUUCCUUUUACCAAUGGAAUUUAAGUCAUAGUUAUCAAUAAUAAGUUACGUGCCCAUUUAUCACACACUCUAGAA